AUGGAAUUGAUCGAGCUUCCCGUAGAGCUUCUCAGUCGAGUAUGUCGCUUCACGGGGCGGCAACCAAGUGCCCUAAAGAACGGGAAGUAUUCAUACGAAAACAAAGACUUUACAUCACUGCGCUCGACAUGCAAAGAGAUCUACGCCAGGACGAAUUUCGACGCAAGCAUCCGGUAUGGUGUCCACGAACUAAUGCUUGAGCUUAACCCGUCAUCGCUCGCCUUACUUCUACACUUAUCCAAGAUACCCGCCUUCCGCAACCGAAUGGCAGCUAUACAUUUGUUCCAUGUCACCAAACCCCAGCCGGUGGAUGAUUAUGAGUGGUUUGUCUCCCAGGAGGACGAGUACAGCUUUAUGAGAUCUGGCGAAGCUGCCUAUAUGCUCGCGCAGUGUUUUCGCCAGCUACAUGACGCCGACUCUUUCAUCGAAUUGAUAUUACCCUAUGGAAGAUUUAUCAUUGGUGAACAGACAACUGUGCUACGAGCACUGCAGCUGUCCGAAUUCCCGCGGAAGGUAGCAUUUGUCUACCUCUGGGUGGAGAACUCUCAGAAGCCUGAGUGGGGACGGUGGGCAGAAUCUGUGUCGGAAUUCCGAUCCUAUAUCGAGAAAGCCGUCUUCCUCACUCCGCAGAGUCGCCGCAAGAAUGUUACCGAAAACCGCCAAGUUGGAGCUCACAUUCAGAACAUGCACCUGAACCAUCCGAAUCUGUUGCAAGCCGUGGCUGCUACUACUGAUGUUGAGCGCCUUGAACUCCAGGGAUGCAGAGGCGUACCUGAGCUUCGGAUAUGUCAUGGCUGUGAAGACCUCUUCUCUAGACAUAUCAUGACCCGCUCGUACGAAGAUUUGUUAUCGCUACAGCUUUCCGAUCUGUACAUAAGCGGUAGCCGACUUCGGGGAUUCCUCAAGCAGGCUAGGAUUUUGUUUUGGUUUACAGCAUACGACACAACGCUAACGGACGGAUCAUGGAAGUCAAUCUAUCAGGGAUUGCGCAAGUUACCUGAUCUCCUGAAUCUCCAGAUCUGCCACAACUACCAGAAACAUGGGCCCCUCACACCAGUCGUCGCUCCUGACGCUUGCCGUAACGGCCACCCCAAGGACAUGUUCGGGCAUUACGUCGAGCACGAUCACGUAAAGGUGGUGCUCGAUGCUAUGGUCACACACUUCCACGUCCGUCCAAAGCGCCGAAAGCAGAAGUACCGUGGUCCGAGAUACUACGAGGUCUGUCUCUUCGAAGUACCGAGAAUGGUUACUGCCUCCAGGAAGAACUCUCUACAGAGAUAUGCUGGAGAGCUGGAAGGAAACUAG